CGCGAUCCUUUUCGAGCCCUAGUUUUUUAUUUUUAUUUUUAUUAUUCUUCUUAUAUAUACGAUGGUAUUGAAUAAAGAAUACAAAUACUCUGUUGAUGUGUCUGAUCUCAGUUAUUCUUAUGGUGGUCCCACUAUUAUCGAUCACUUGGAUCUCAAGUUAAAAGCAGGUCAACGUUGUAUUCUUGUCGGUGCUAAUGGUGCAGGCAAGACAACAUUGCUCAAGAUCUUGGCUGGUAAACGCAUGAUUCCCGGUCAUGUCUCUGUUCUUGGCAAGAAUGCGUUUCUAGAUGCACCUCAAGGCGUCACUUAUUUAGGCACUGAAUGGGCCAAUAACCCAGUAGUGAAGUCUGAUUUAUCUGUUGAAUAUCUGCUCAAGAGUAUGGGCAGUCAUCGCUGGCCAGAACGUACUGAAAUCUUGCUUCGUGUGCUUGAUGUAGACACCAAAUGGCGCAUGCAUCAAAUCUCGGAUGGUCAGCGUCGUCGUGUACAAUUAGUGAUGGGACUGUUGCAUCCUUGGGAAUUGUUAUUGUUAGAUGAAGUCACUGUUGAUUUGGAUGUACUUGCUAGAGCUGAUUUCUUAAAUUUCCUUCGAGUAGAAACAGAAGAGAGAGGAUGUACUAUUGUCUAUGCUACACAUAUCUUUGAUGGUUUAGGUGAUUGGGCAACACAUAUUGCUCAUGUUGCUGAUGGCAAAGUGCUUUCGUUAAAUGAUGUCAACAAUUUCCCUGAAUUUGAAGCUAUCAAGCAAAAACACCGUGAAAGAAAUUUAGUAGACUCACCCUUGAUGGCUCUUUGCUAUUCUUGGUUAAGAGAAGAUAGACAAAGACUUCGCAAUCAGAAGCCUAUAGAUCCAGCCACAGGUUUACCUCAUUCAAAAUGGGAUGAAAUGAGUGACAACAUGAAGAAAUAUGCUGACAAGUAUUAUGAUUAUUGGAAAUAAUAAAGUUAUUUUCAUAUGACAAUUUGCG